AUGAGCUAACAAUUUUAUUAAACUUACGUACCUAAUCCUUUUAUUCCAACAUUUAAUCCAACAAUAAAUUCCUCAAGAAUUGAUUAUCCAUCAACUAAUUCAGCUAAGAAAGCUGAUAUUAGAGAAUUAACAAAUGAGCAGAUUUAAUAAAAUAAUGUAAUAACUUCAUCAUUCAGUUUGAAUCCCUAAGUAAACAAAUCAAUAGUGAUAAAACGUACAUUAAUAGUAAAUACUAAUUAGCAAUUUUAACCAAUCAAGAUGAAUAUUAAAGAAAGAUUAUUGAUUUGAAUACGUGUCAUAAAAAUGAAUUAAAAGAACUCGAAUUAAAAAUGUAAUCAUAAAUAGAUUCACUCAUAUAAAAAAGAUAUUAAGAUGAUUAAUAGAAAUAAUUAACAGAUGUUAGAUAGUAGAUAUCUGAAUUAUAAUAAACAAUAUAAGGAAAUAGUAAUCCUUAUUCAUAAUAAUAACAACUAUUUUAUAAUUAAAAUGAAUUAGAAAGAUUAGAAAAGUAAUUAAAAAAAAAGAAAAAUAAAAUUAAGUUUUUCAAAACUGAAAUUGAUAGUCUAAAAUCAGAACUAUAGAUUAGAAAAUAAAAAAUAACAGAGUUAGAAAUAAAAUUGCAUUACUCAGAGAAUAAGCCAAUAAUUUAAUAAUCUACAAUACCAUAACUGAUAGGUGUGCCUCAAUAAAUUAUUGGUUAACCACCUUCUACAAUAAUUUAAGAAUAUCCGGAACUAAUUGAUAGAAUUAGGAAUGUAGAAUAUGAAAGAGAUGUAAAUACUGAGUUUAUUUUAGUGUUUGCUUUAAGAAUUAAGAAGAUAGUAAGUAAAUUUAAUACCUGUAUAAAGAUAAUAGAAAUCUACAUUUCCUUCAAUAGAGGAAUGGAAUAGACUUAUGCAUGAAUACAAAAUCUUAGAAAGUGAAAACAAUAAGCUUAAUACUAUAAUAUUAUAGAAAGAUGAUUUAAUUAAAUCAUUAGAAUAAAGGAUAAGUGUUGAGCUUACCAGAUAAAGUGCACUUUAAGCUCAAGGUAAUUAGCCAAGAGCAAAAUCUGUUAUAUAUGAUCCAUAAGCUCAACGAUAAUAAUCGAAAUCUUAAUAAUUAUAUCCAAUUGCAGUUCAAAAUACUGAAUAAUAAUCUAAUGUUGAACCAACAUUAUAAAAUCCUAGUGGUCAAUGA